GUGCCGCGCAUGCGCUGUUGGAAGCCGAUGCUGUGUGUAGAAAAAUCAUGGCGGAGGCGAUGCAGACCGACAGUUUUCCUGUCUUACCUUCGGGACUGGCGGAGGUAGAUAAAAUGAUCCGGGAGCGAGGCGACCUGUUUUCUGACACCCAGUGUAAAGUCUGCAGCGCCGUCCUGAUUUCUCAGUCUCAGAAGUUGACUCAUUAUCAGAGUAAGAAACAUGCCAACAAGGUUCGGCGUUUCCUUUCCCUGGAAAAUGAGAACGGCGAUCCGGUCAAGAAGCCCAAAACCUCCGACAACGACUGCAACAACGGAGACACAGACCGGCUGAAGGCGUGCCACCUGUGCAACAUGACCUUCACAUCUCCGGUUAUGGCCAAGUCUCACUAUCAGGGCAAAUUUCAUGCCAAGAGGCUGAAAAUGAAAGCUGUCGAAUCCCAGACUCCAGAAGCCUCUCAGACUUCACAGCCGGUGGAGAAACCCGUUGACAAUUCAGCCGGCGGUUCUGAGGCCGACAACAACAACAACCCAGAUCGCUUCUGCUCCACCUGCAAGGCGUCGUUCAACAACCCACUCAUGGCCCAGCAGCACUACGCCGGCAAGAAGCAUAAAAAACACAUGACAAGGUUAAAGCUGAUGGAGACGUACGGCCCCUCCACCGCACCAGCGUCAACACUAAACGGUUACCCCUGCACCGUCUGCAGCAUCGUGCUCAACUCCGUGGAACAGUACCAGUCUCACAUCAGCGGCGCCAGGCAUAAGAACCAAAUCAAGAAAGUUGUUCAGAAGUCUGGAGACGACCAGCCUUCAGCUGUGGAGUCAAACCAGUUCACUGGAGGAGAAAACCAGUACUCCGGGGGUGAUGGCCGGCGCGCGCCCGCAGACGACCAGUACCCCCCCGGAGACGGCCAUUACGUUGCCCCUGACGACCAGUACGGCUCUGGGAGCGACCAGUACGAGGGCGGAGACGGGCAGUUUGGGAACCACCAGUACACCCCGGAGUUCUCUGCGUUUUCGGACCAGUUCCAGUACACUUGAGGCCGGACUGGGAUUGAACUCUCCAAACAGCCCCCCCUUUAACGAACCAUCACUCCCAGUCCCUCCCAUUAAACUUUAGCUCCUGUAAACCAGUCUGGACUGUGACCCCCAUGUGCCCUCCUUCAUUUCCUGUUUGUUUUUCUGAUGUGUGAUUUCUGCUGGGCCUGCAGAGCGGCGCCGCCGAGACGCUGCAGUUCUUCUUCCUGUUUUCUCUCCACGUUCGGACACUACCGAGAUUUUAGGUGCAGCGACGGAAACGCGCAAACAGAAAGAAGCGCCGCGUUUUAAACGGUUGUUCAGAUGUUUUGAGGCGGGGUUUUGUUGUUUGCUCAUCAACAGUCAGUAUCUUGACUUUGAAGCCAAGUUUCCUUUUCAGGCUGAGUUGUUGGGAACCGUGAGACCCAGUCUGAGGAUUUUUAACAUGUUUGCUAAUUUUAUGGUUUUUGACAAGAAAAUCCAGUUCAGUUCAAACAUCCUGUAUUGAUCCCAGAGGGAAAUUAAAUGUUUUGACUCGUAUCACUCAGUGGCUGUAGAUGUUGAUGAUGGCUGUGCAGUAGCAGUCUGUUUAACAGCGGCUCUGUAGAGGCCUCUGACUGAAGACACUGUAUCAGACAGAGGAGGCUCCAGGUUUUCCACCAUUUCUUUGAUUUUGUGUGAAACAUGAAGUGGUUUCCACUGCUGAGCCGCGGCGGUAAUGCAACGCCACGGUAACGCCAUGGUAACGCAACGCCACGGUAACGCAACGCCAUGGUAACGCAACGUCCCUUCAUCCUGUGAUUACAGCGGCGAUUGCAACUCAGAGGAAUGACCUUCACCAGUUCAAAGGACUAAAAUCUAAUUUUAGUUUUUACAGUACUGAGAAAAAAAGGCGCUGGUGAAACAUUCUGCUGCUGCGUUUGAGCAGAAAGUUCAAUAUUUCCAUAUUUCCUGAAAUAUCUGAUCUCUGAGUGAACUACCGCUGUUCUGGCCGCAACUGAGUUUAGUCAAUAUUUUACUGUCCAAAAAAAUAUUUUACAAUUGUUUCUACUAAGAGACACAAUUAAAGUCACAUGAAUAAGUUUGUUCACAUAAGUCAUUAAAGUAUACGUAGCACUAUCUUCCCCCAACCACUUCCUGUUUUCCUCUUCGAGGUUUCCAGCAGUAGAAACAUCCUGUUGUUGGUCAUGUGACUCGUGAGGCAAAAUUUUUUUUUCCAUUACAGUUUUGUGAAAUGAAUAUGGCCAAAAAAUCCACUCAUUCAAGCAACAAAACUUUGAGGUUUUUCAAAAUCGGUGAGUUUUGAUUAAGCUAUGCAACAUUAAUGUAAACAAAUCCAGCAUCUGUAUUUUUAUUAAACAGGAGCAAAGCUUUGUUGAUAUUCUGCUAAUGUUGAAAGAACACAAUUUUACUGCUGCUGUUUCAGUUACAUAAGAAACAAAAUGAAAAUGAAAAGUUUUUCAUCUGAUAAGUUAUUAAAAACAUGCAGCACCAUCAUCCUUAACCACUUCCUGAUUUUUUUCUUUGUGGUUUCCAGCAGUAGUAAUAUCCGGCUUUUGAUCAUGUGACGCAAUACAGGAAAAGUUUCCUUUGCAGUUUUGCAAAAUACACUAAUUUUAUACGACCAAAAACAUACUGGAUCCCCACAAUACUUUUUGUCCAAGCAUUAGUUUUUUUCUAAAUUGGCGUUUUAUUAAGUGAAUUUAUUUUCGAAACACAAAUGAUACGUCCUGCUCAGCGCGCCGGUUCAUGGCAGCUGAUCAUUUUCCGCCUCCGUAGACUCGUUAACUCCAGACCGACGGUCCGCAUGGACAAAACAAGGUGAGGGAACAGUUUUUAGUUUGGCGAGUUGGAGACCGGAGAAGAUCCAUGGGAAACUUCCCACCGUGAAAACGGUUUAAUGCAGCUUCAGUGGUGAAACGUUAUGCAGAAUUCAUCCAUCCAUCCAUUUUCUAUACACCCUUCUUCCCUAAUGGGGUCGGGAGGGUCGCUGGUGCCUAUCUCCAGCUGCGUCCCGGGCGAGAGGCGGGGUACACCCUGAACAGGUCGCCAGUCUGUCGCAGAUGCAGAAUUCACAUUUUAAUAUUUUUAUGCUUUUAAAAAAGUAGAACAGCUGAGUGAUUUCUGGCAACACAGUUGUGGCUUUUAUGUAUCUAAAACUGCUGAUGAGUCACGUUCAGCGAGUGCUGCGCUGUCACCUAGCAACCCCAGCAGAGUUCUGCCUAUUGCCUAGCAACCCAGCAGAUCAUCUGGUUUUCCUGCUGUACAAUGGCUGCUAGAAAAGUCAAGAUUAGUUGUUGACUUGCUGCUUUCUGGUUAGUUGUGCAGGAGGCUUCACUAUUGCUUUUCAAAUAUGUAUGGUUGUAUAGUUUUGAAUUGGGGGCGUGGCCAGCAGCAGCUAGUUUGGAUUUAAAGUGACAGAGACCCUAAACAGCUGAGACUGAAAUCUGAUUAACUGAGAAUAAUUUAAUGUAAAAAAUGUGAACAGGUUUUGUUUAGGCCAUAGAGGGAUCCUAACCUGUCCUAGCAAGCGUAACGGAUCACUGUUAGCUAAUAUCUACGUAGCUUUAAAGCUGCAUGUCAGUAAUGGCGACCAACAGAGAAACUUUUCCUCUGAAUGUAUUGAAGGAGAUUCUCCAAACCGGCUCUCUGCUGAAUUUCUUUUAGCUGUUUACAUCAUUUUACUUUGUUUUUUUUUUUUUAUGUUUACCAUUUUUUAAUAGUUUUGAUUAUUUUAUCAACAGCCUCUGUUACCUUCUGGCUUCUACCUGAUGUUUCUGUAAGACAUCCUGAGUUACCUUUCCCCCUGAAAUUUCUUUAAGCAACAAUAAAACCUGAGCUGAUCUUAAAUGACAUUGUUUUCAGCCAGUUCUGCGUCCUGCAGAGGUUUCCUGUUUGUCUCAUUAAAUGUCCAUUUUCUUCAUCCGAGUUGUGAAGAAUUUCUCAGUUUGUCCCUGAAAAGCUCCUGAUCGCCACCAAGCAGACUGAUGUCAGAGUAAACGAUGUCAAAACGGGAAAUAUUUUAGUACUGAAUGUUUUUGUCUAAAGAUUUUUUAUUGGUGCUGUACAGAUCAUGUGUGAGAGAAAUGGCCUUUCUGUUCCCAUCCUGUUAGUGAUUUUAAGAGUUACUUUCAGUUUGGUUAUGUAUUAAAAACUUCUGCAAA